AAAAUAAAUAAUGUUACAUUUCGAUACCGUCUACUACAUUUGUUCGUAAUUGACGAAACAGUUCGAGAUGUGCUAUGAUCUUUGUAAUCCUGUAAAUUUAUUUGAUUUUUAAUAGUUUUCAAUUUCUUACCUGUUUAUCGACAUUUUCCAUAUCACUUGGAACUCGACGAUACCGGGAAUUUUUAUUCCACUGCAAAGAAACAUAUAAAGAUUAAAAAAUUUCUCAAACUUACAAAAGCCUGCAUUUUUUAGAUUUCUUUUGAGAUGCUUUGGGAUGCCCGUAGAAUGUGAGAGUGGGGAGAUAGAAGUCAAACAAUUUCCAACGACUUGCACGCGUUUGUUGCACGCGAAAAUUUCAAGCAUUUAUACAUAGGUGGAGUAGGACUGCUGGGAAUAUUGUCUGAAUAUAUUUAUCCAGAACUACCGAAUAUUACAUGUACAAUCUUAAAAAUUUGAUUUCGGAAAACAUUCAGUCAAAUUGCCAAAUUUACGAAAAUUGGGGCUUUUUGGUAAAUUAUAGUAGGACAUUGCGGCAUUCGGAUCUUUCAACGAACAACUUUUGCCGUAAAAAUAAAAAUAAAAAGUUAGUUGGGUAAUUCAUUUUUCUCAUCGACUUCCAAAGUUAUGAGCGGAUGAAAACUGAAUAAUUGGAGCUUUUCGACUGAAAAUUAUUAAAAAACAUUAAGUUUUUAGAAGUUUUACUACAAACAUGCAUACAUUUGUGUGCCUAUAGAGAAAUAAAAUAAUCCCCCAGAACUAUCAUGACAAUUAAAAUUCAAAUAAUUGUUUUUAUCUAUAAUUUCAAUGAGUCUCUGAAAGAAGCUCUCAAAAAUGUAGAAUGCCGAAACAUCGUCAACUAAUAUUUUAAUUGAUAUUAGAAUGUUUUGGAAGUUUUCUGAUCGAUGUGAACACUAUAAUCAACUUUCACAGGAACACAACUUUCAAAAUUGUUUGUGUUGUGGUAUCCACAGUAUCUCCAAUACCACCUGCGUCUCCACUUUCAUUCAGUCUUCCCAAAAGAUGCAGUUCAUAGAUUUCCAAGUGUUCGACAAUAUGCUGUAGUGUAGAAAAAUAUCGAUUAAAUAUCGAAAAUAUCGAUGUGAUCUUUGUCCAUUUGUGCAAUCUGUAACCAUUCAAUCUUAUCACUUUCCGUCUUUUUAUGCAUUGAACUGUCUCUCAUUUUCUAUUAAAUUGUCGGGUUAAUUUUACUAUGUACGCCGAUUUCAUUGCAGGAUGGGCCGCAGGUGGAGCUGGUCUCCUAGUUGGACAUCCUUUGGAUACUGUUAAAGCUCGCUUGCAGACAAUGAAUAUUUAUAAAGGAAUUGUAGAUUGUAUGGUAAAAACUAUGAAACAAGAAUCUGUCUAUGGUCUCUACAAGGGAAUGUUUGUACCUUUUAUUUCAACUGGUGCUCUACAUUCUUUACUUUUUGCUGGUUAUGGAGCAGGUCUCAAGUUUUUAAAUCCUGGUGAUUCAAAUGUUAUGGCUCGUAAGGAUUUACCAAUGUCAGAUAUUUUGAUAGCAUCUAUUUGUGGAACUCUAGUACAAGUCGGACCAGUUAUUCCUGUGGAAUUGUUAAAGACCAAGCUUCAGGUUCAAAGAGAAAACAUUGGUCAUUUCUCAAAACACUCAAGAAAUCUCUACGCUGGUCCAUUAGAGUGUGCUCGGGAGACUGUUCGUGCUGAAGGAGUGCGUGGAUUAUUCAAAGGAGGAAGUGUUGUUUUUUGCCGAGAUAAUAUUGGAUACCUCUUCUACAUUCCAGUAUAUGAAGGACUUAGCCGUUACUUUAGAAGCCAUAAUUUAGAGAAUACAUGGACGCAGCUUUUUGCUGGAGGUUGUGCUGGAGUCAGUGGAUGGAUUUCUGUGUGCCCGUUGGAAGUUGUGAAAAACCGGAUUCAAGCUGAUAAAAGCCAUAAAACAUUAUCCCCAAAAGAAAUGACUCUAAAAAUCUAUCGAGAAGACGGUCUCCGAGCAUUUUAUCGUGGUGGAUGGGCGAUUUCACUCCGUGGAUUUGUUGUAAAUGCCGUCAUUUUUGUGGUUUAUGAGAAUACCUAUUCGUUUUUUGAUUGAUCCAUUUUCCCACGAACUCAAAAUUGCCUUUUUGUUUGUAUAAACUCAGUUGGAGAUCACAAAUGCAUCUUUUUUCUCACAGACAAUCUUAUCUCUAUUUUAUCUCUUUACCACUAUCUUAUCAUACAGGUGGUCCAUGAAUAACUCUUGAUACUAGUAC